AAAUCCCAAAUCCUCGCAGCUCCUAGCUGCUGGCACCAAGGCUCUCUCACAGCAAACAGAAUGGCCUCUCCCUCUGUGCUCCUCGCUUUCCUAGCUGGACUGGUAUUUCUCUCUGAAGCUGCACCACUGGUCUCCCAUGGCGCUGUUGAUUCCAAAUGCCCUCUGAUGGUGAAAGUGCUGGAUGCAGUCAGAGGAAGCCCUGCAGUUAACGUAGCUGUCAAAGUCUUUAAACGGGCUGCAGAUGGAAGCUGGGAGAACUUCGCUACUGGGAAAACCACAGAGUAUGGGGAGAUCCACGAGCUCACCACAGAAGAGCAGUUUGUAGAAGGAGUGUACAGGGUUGAGUUUGACACCAGCUCUUACUGGAAAGGACUUGGGCUUUCUCCAUUCCACGAGUACGCUGAUGUGGUGUUCACUGCUAACGAUUCUGGUCACCGCCACUACACCAUUGCUGCUCUCCUCAGUCCUUUCUCUUACUCAACCACUGCUGUUGUCACCGAUCCCCAGGAAUAAGCAUGUACUGCCCUUACACAGACACCCUCUUCCACUAGAACUAUCUUAGGCUUUUAGGAGGAAGUUUUUUUCCUACUGCUAAUGUGUAACUUUUUGCUCCAUUAGGGUUUGUUUUUGUUUUGGGGUUUUUUUUUCCCCAUUUUGUAACCUGGCAAACUUCAGGCAAGUCAAUAAAAUGUUACUUCUUUAAAAGAGUUUGGA